AUGGCAUCAAGAAUUAUCAGUCGUCUCAGUCCAAAGAAUUCCGCUCUAUUCGUGUGCGAUCUUCAGGAGCGAUUCAGAAACGUCAUACAGUUCUUCCCGGGCAUUGCGGAAACAUCCAAGAGAAUGGUCGAUGCAGCAAAGAUUCUACAGAUGCCAAUUAUCGUCACUGAGCAAUACCCGAAGGGGCUCGGACAUACGAUCCCAGACCUAGGACUUGGCGACAUCAAAAAAUAUGAAAAAACUAGGUUUUCGAUGUGUGUCCCAGAGGUUGACGCUGUCUUGCAAAACGCAGAAAAUAUAAUUUUGGUCGGAAUCGAGGCUCAUGUAUGUGUACUUCAAACCACACUUGAUCUUCUUGAAAAGGGAAAGAACGUGCACGUGGUCGUCGAUGCUGUCAGCUCCCGGUCACUGCCUGACAGGUGA